UCUUACCUCACAGUCACCAACCUCAAAAAUCAUUCAAAACCCUGUUAAAAAAAAAGCCAUAGAAACCAAACCUGUUCCUUUUUCUUCGAUUAGGUACAAGAAUAAUCCAUCAUCAUCAUCAUUCAUCAUUCAUCAUCAACCUUAACUUCCCCAAACCACAACGAUCUGACAAGUUUUUGACACCAUGUGUGGAGGAGCAAUCAUCUCCGACUUCAUCCCGGCGGCGGCGGCGGGUUCCCGCCGUGUCACCGCCGACAUCCUCUGGCCGAAUUUGAAGAAACCCAAUUCUAGGUCGAUGUUGCUCGACGAUGACUUCGAGGCUGGGUUUAGGGAGUUCAAGGAUGACUCUGAUUUCGAAGAGGAGGAGGAAGAUGAUGAUGUUGCUCAGGAUUUGCUUGCUGGUGCUAAGGGAUUUGCGUUUUCUGCUACUGCUGCCGCUAAGACCAAGCGUUCCAAUUCCUUCUCUAAGGGAUCAACUGCUGCAAAAUCUGUGGAAUCAAAUGAGCAAGCUGAGAAGUAUGCUAGCAAAAAGAGGAAGAAUCAGUAUAGGGGGAUCCGCCAGCGUCCAUGGGGAAAAUGGGCAGCUGAGAUCCGUGACCCUAGAAAGGGGGUUCGUGUUUGGCUUGGAACUUUCAACACUGCUGAAGAAGCUGCAAGAGCUUAUGAUGCUGAAGCUAGGAGGAUACGCGGCAAUAAAGCCAAGGUGAAUUUCCCUGUUGAGCCUCAAUUGUCUUCAAAACGUCUCAAGGCAAAUCCAGAGAAGCAGCUGUUGAAGGGAAAUCCCAACUCUGUUCAGCCCAAAGCGAACAAGAUGUUCGAUUUCAAUGACAAUCUGGAGAGCUACUUCUCUUCUAUGGAUCAGGUGGAACAGAAACCACUGGUUAACCAGUAUGCUAACAUGAGCCCCUUCCCCGGAAAUGGAGCUCAGCUAUCACCCUUCACUGCAUCUGCUGAUGUCAAUGCUUAUUUCAGCUCUGAGCACUCGAGCAAUUCGUUUGAUUACUCUGAUCUUGGCUGGGGCGAACAGGGUCCCAAGACUCCUGAAAUCUCAUCCAUGCUUUCUGCUCCUCUGGAAGGUGAAUCCCAAUUUGUGCAGAAUAACCUGCAGUCUGACUCUCAGGAGAUGCUUCCAAUGCAAGAUGAUUCUGCAAAGACACUAACUGAGGAGCUCGCAGAUAUCGAAUCCCAGCUGAGAUUCUUUGAGAAUCUUGAUGGCACAUGGGAUGAUGCUUCAUUUGACUCCUUGCUGAGUGGAGAUGCAAGUCAGGAUGGUGGAAACCCAAUGAACCUUUGGAGCUUUGAUGACCUGCCUGCUGUCUCAGGCGGCGGUUUCUGAGUAACUUCUCCAUGUUUAUGUAAAUAAAGCUACAAGAAGGGUGGUGCUGGUGUUGGUAGGAAUGGUGGUACUAGUGCUGGUGAUUGAGCUGAACAAGUAGCCUGCUUAUUAAGUAUGUGUGGAGUAUUAUUUUCUUGUGGCUAAUGGAAAACAUAAACUGCGUAGUUUUCAGAUGUUCUUUGUCUUGUUGAAGACUAAGCUUUUGGGGGAUUUUCUGUUUGAUGUUCAUAAGGAUUGUUAUGUUAUGUUUGAUCCGUGAGACUAACUUGGUUGCGGAUAUAAUUUGAACUGCGGUGUUUUUUAUUGCGACAAUUUUACAUGACUGAGACUAUAAGUUUUCUCC